UUAUUCCAUUAGCAAGUAGUGGACACUAAUAGUGUGUUAAGGCAAAGCAUAGAAAGUAGAAAAGAAAGACUCAGUUCUUCUCCUUGACUUUGUUUGUGAGUUGAAAUCUGAAGCUGAAUCGUAUCGUUGAGUUUAGGGUUUGAAAUUGGAUCUGACAGCAUAGCAUAGAAUGGCGGGGGUUCGUAGAGACGCAUUGCUGACGAGAGAUAAAGGCCAAUCAUCGGUCCGAUUUCGAAUCGUCGUCGCCGUCGUGAUCGGCGUUCUCCUCGGCUGCGUCUUUGCCUUCUUCUCCUCCGCUCCCACUCCUCUUCACAUUCCCUACCCUAUUAAGAUGGUUUCAUCUGCAUGUGAAUCGCCAGAACAAGUUAAUGCGCUUAAAGUUGAUAUUCUAUCAGCGAAAGUGAAAAAUUCUGAGCUGAAGAAACGGGUCAAGGAUCUUAUGGAGAAGCUGCGUCUGGCCGAGCAAGGAAAGGGUCAUGCUCAGGAACAGUUUGUUGUGCUUGGUGAGAGCCACAAGGCUGGGCCUUUUGGAACUGUCAAGGGUCUCAGAACCAAUCCACCUGUCAUUCCUGAUGAAUCUGUGAACCCCAGAUUGACCAAGAUCUUGGGGGAAGUUGCUAUUUAUAAAGAACUUAUUGUUGCUCUCGCUAACUCUAAUGUGAAGGAGAUGUUGCAGCUAUGGUUCACCAACAUCAAGAGGGUUGGCAUACCUAAUUAUUUGGUUGUUGCCUUAGAUGAUAACAUUGAAGAGUUCUGCAAAUCCAAUGAUGUUCCUGUGUAUAGAAGGGAUCCUGAUCAAGGUGUUGAUGUGGUCGGUAAGAGUGGUGGUAACCAUGCUGUUUCGGGAUUGAAAUUUCGUAUUUUGAGAGAAUUUCUGCAACUGGGUUACAGUGUUCUUCUCUCGGAUGUUGAUAUUGUGUACUUGCAGAACCCCUUUGAUUAUCUCUAUAGGGAUUCAGAUGUGGAGUCAAUGUCUGAUGGUCACAAUAAUAAGACAGCUUACGGGUAUAAUGAUGUCUUUGAUGAACCCUCGAUGGGUUGGGCUCGGUAUGCUCAUACCAUGAGAAUAUGGGUUUAUAACUCUGGUUUCUUUUAUAUAAGGCCUACUCUUCCUUCAAUUGAGCUCUUGGAUCGUGUUGCAACUCGGCUUUCCAAUGACCCAAAAUCAUGGGAUCAGGCAGUUUUUAAUGAGGAGCUCUUUUUCCCUUCACAUCCUGGUUAUGAUGGACUUCACGCUGCAAAAAGGACGAUGGAUAUGUACCUUUUUAUGAACAGUAAGGUUCUCUUUAAGACUGUAAGAAAAGAUGCUAAACUCAAGAAGCUGAAGCCAGUGAUCGUACAUGUUAAUUACCAUCCUGAUAAGUUUGCAAGGAUGAAGGCAAUAGUUGAGUUUUAUGCCAAUGGGAAACAGGAUGCGCUGGAUCAUUUCCCAGAUGGUUCUGACUGAUAGGAACAUUAGAACAAAUAUGUUUCUAACACAGGAAGGAUUUGUAUGCUCAAAUUGAUGUGAUACAGAGCCAAUCAUUUCAGUUCACCUCCCAGGAUAAGUUUUAUGCCAAUGUACUUUCUGUUGAGUUUUAGAAUUUGUUGUGUUUGACUAUUAAACAUGUUUUCUGUAACUUUGUAUAUAUUUCUUCUCUGUAAUGAGUUGAAAUUCAAUAUCUCUGCAAUGAACUUGGUCAUGUCGAGGUCGUUUUUUUUUAUGUAAAGAAAUUAACUGUUUGUUUUACAGUUUUUGGGAUAUGAAAUAACAUGAAGACCACGUGGCUAGUUAGAGAUUGUUGUGGG